UGAAGGGUUCAAACCGGAAGCUCUUACAAUGUUGUCACUGGCAGUGAAGGGUCGUCUGUAGCUGGGGAACGUCAAGUCUUACAGGAAAGAAGGCUUUUUAUUCUUCAGAAUCGCUCGCUGAUUAGGAAGGGCAGUGAUACCAUGUGGAAGUCACAUGAACGACGAGGAUGAGGCAUAAACAAGGGGGCAGCCUGACGACAGAGCCGCUGCAACACAGUGUCAGCCAACAGGAGGAGGAGGAGGGGGACUGGUGCCUGUACAAAGAUCCCACACACAAGCAGGCCCCCUGUGGCCCUUUUCCCCUUGAACGUUAAUUAGGAUGAACAGCACUACCACUCAGCCCCCUGCCCACAAAGAUGGGACUGUGGCGGUGAGCUAUGUGCUGGUGCCAUUCCUUCUUAUAACUAUUGCUGGAAUUGCUACAGCUUUGAUUAUAUGUCUGCGUAGGAAGAGGAGGAUCGACAGACUUCGGCAUCAGCUGUUACCUGUUUACACGUAUGACCCUGCAGAGGAGCUUCAUGAAGUUGAACAGGAGCUUUUGUGGAGAGAAGAGGACACAAGGAUUGUGCAAGGCUGGGCAAGAAGCUAUCAGCAGCAGCAACCUCUUCUGUCCAAAGAUGCGACUGCUUGACGACAGCUCAGCCUGGCGCAGGAUGCUGAGGAGCGAGAAGACAACCUUCAGACUCAAAGAUUGGCCCGUCUUUUAACUCAUCUGUCACAUUUGCUCUGUUUUGCUGCUGUUGCCUUUAUCCCAGAUUACAUCGGGCGAUUUAAGAGCCAAAGAGAAGAAGUACUUGUUACUUAUUUAUUGGAAAUUAUUUAUUCGAAUACAUUUUUACUUUCGUACUCUGCGGCACCAAAGUCUGGCAAGGCGGAAGACAAAGCCUCUUUUGCAUUUGGUGUUUUGUUUACAUUCUUAAUGCUGUUGUGGGCAGCUUGUGGCAAGCAGCCUUGUUCCUGUGGGUUGCAGUAGGCAUCCGUACCGCUCACAUAACUUGUUGCCUGCGUUCACUGUGGUAGGGCUGUGAAUGUUAUGUACUAGUUAAACAUCAGCGCUCAGAUCUGGCGUGUGCAGAGGUUGUUUGCAGAGCAAUAGCGGCUUCUUUGAUGAGACGCUUUUACGAUUACAAAUGCAAAGCCCCAUAUUGAUCAGGUGAAAGUUGAUAAAGAAAGCUUGUUUCUCAUUUCUGUUUCAUUUCUUAAAAAAAAAAAAAAAAAAGAGCUUAAAAUAUCCUCCUUUCGUUUUCUUGCUUUGAACUGCUGCCUUGGAAAGCUUUAUUUUAUUUUGUCCUGCUUUGCCAAAUCCUGUGACUCUUAACAAUGGCAUGAGAUGCAAAAAAUCAGGAGCAAAUAACACCAGCUUCCUCCCAGCUCUUAAAUGAGUUGUGACUGGAUCUGAAAAUAUGUCCUGUCUUCGAGGCAUGGCACCAGAGAAUUUACGUCUGGCUGAAAGAUCUGCUCAGAUGAAUUCCAUACGUCUGACUGUUUCCAGCACUCAGGAAACCUUUUACACAUUAUAAACUUUUGCCUUUCAUUUGUUGAAUGUAAACUAAACUGUGGGUCUGUCUGUGUUUAUGGAAGGUUUCGCAGUUCUGGAAUCUGGAGCCUUUACAUUUUUCAUGCUUGUCAGGUUUCUCUUUUUAAUCAUAUAGAAACCUUAAAUGCACCACUCAAAGUCCUUCAUAUAUCUUACCUGGAAUGACUUUCAUCUAAGAAUCCAACUUUAGGUGACACUUUUUGUCUAUGUACUAUUGCUGUGAUGCUUUUCUUCUCCUUGAAUGCAGUUCUGGACAAUUGUUGAAAAUGUCAGUAAUUGUAAUAAAGUGAAACUGAUAUUACAGGUUAGUGUAUUUUAAGCUUUUUAUUUUUACAACUGUGGAAAAAACCCCAUUUUAGUGGCUCAUAAAAUAUUACAUGGGUGUAUGUCAAGCAAUCAGAUUAGAUCAUUAUGAAGCAGAUUGUUCACAUUUGUUCAGGUGGAUGAGGUAUGCAACUCAUGUUGCAGGGAUAAAACGAUUACUGAGUUUAAUGACCAUGGUAAUGGUGAAACUUACUGAAAAUCAGUGCUACAGCCAGAUGCAGUUACAGUACCUUUCAAACUAGUCUGUUGCAGUUCCUAGCACAAGUCAGUAAACAGAAGACAAGGGUUAGACCUCUAGACUAACUCCAAAAGGUUUUGUUUUUGAAGGAGACUGUUAAACAGGCUGAGUGCACAGUAAUCAAAACAAGAUGGAAAGUUAAGUGGAAGGAAAAACUGGAGUUUUCCUUAUGUGCAAACCAUAUUCCUAAAAGUAAACAAAGCUACCUGUACCACCAAGUAAGGAAUCUGCAUAAUUCCACAUUCUAAAUAAUUUGGUAUGGUUUAAAAUCAUUGGGAUCCACCUUUUGCUUUUAAAAAAUAUUGUAAUACAACUUAUUUCUUUUGAACAAGAGUUCAAAUUGGGGGGCAAGAGUACAAUAAGCAUGACAAAAAUGACAAAGAAAGUUCUCUUUAUUGUCCAUUUCUGAUACAAAUUGUAGGGCACCAUAGAAAUAUAGACAUUGUACAUUUAUAUAGGUGUACAUUAAAAAGCAUGAUCCCAUCCUAUUGAGUUUACAGUAUAUAAAUCAACAAAUGCAUGAUUUAAAGAGAAAUGUCUAGAUACAGUUGUGUAGUUGGAAGGGGACAAAGACAAGAGACCGUACGACUUGAAUGAAAACGAUAAGAGCAGCUCUGUGCGUUAAUGCAGAACGCACGGCGCCUGACUGAACAGUGAAGAGUGCCUAGUCUACACAAACUCGCAUUUGUCCAUGAAAAUCCAACAUUUCAGUGCAGAAGAAAAAAUAAAAAAAUAAAAUAAAAACACACCUGCUAGUCUACCACAGUCAGCGAACACAAUUGUUGAGCUGACAGGUCUCCCUGACUUGCCUCACACAUUUAAAAACCUGUCUGCAAAGUCUGGCACACAAUUACAUUUUACACCUAGUCAACAUGAUCAAAAAGAUGAAAAAAAAAAA